CAGGCACGAGGACCGAAGAAGCACCUGAAGCGCGUUGCAGCGCCCAAGCAUUGGAUGCUUGACAAGCUCACCGGAGUGUUCGUAAGUACAUAGCUACUUCUUUCUAUGUCGAAACCACAAUGUUACUAAAUGGUUGCAGAUUAGUAUACACAAUUAUUAGCAAAACUGAGGGCAUUCAUAUCUAUCCACCAGUGUUCCAUUAUUUUCACAACGAACAUGUCAUUCAUUGUCUUGUGCCCUACCUGUAUCUCCUCACCUGGGCUGUUGAACAACGUGACCCUAACUUGCGGCAUUUCCCCUCUUUUAUUGAAAUAACAUUUGCUUGUCAAGUUUCAUUUUCAUUAUUAAAUUGAGCACGGCAAACAAAGUUUAUGCUUAAAGGCGCUGCAUGCUCAAUCCGACGUCUGCAGUUGCUUUAGAGCAGGGUUUCCCCCAACUCAGUCUUGGGGACCACAAGCUGUGUACGUCUUUGUUUUUGCCUUAACACUACACAGCUGAUUCAAACAAUGAACUCUUCAUCAAGCUUCAGUUAUUUUAAUCAGCUGUGUAAUGCUAGGGCAAAAACCAAAAUGUGCACCCCUUGGGGUCCCCAGGACCGAGUUUGGGAAAUGCUGCAGCAUAGGAAUGAAUACUUGUGUUUCUGAGCAGAGCUGUUGUGAAGGAAGUUAUAAAGGAAUUGAGUUUGUUUAUACUGAACCCCUCCUGCCGUCAACCAAUCAUGUCAAUGCAGCCCUAUACGGAGACGCAGGAACUCAACUGGAGGCUCUGCGAUGGUGUCACACCAUCCUUACAGCGCCUCCGACCACAUUUUCGGAUCGAGCCUAAAUUGGCUCUCAAGAGUUGCUAGAUUGUGGCCCUAUAAACGUUUUUUAAUCAAUGAAGUUGUGUUUGCAACGUGUAUAGUUGUAGUCAUUUGCUAUUUCAUCUACGGAACCAGACAUGGGUCUCGUGUUCACCCAUCCUUACACCCCAUUCGCCACUCUUCGUCCUAAUCUUCAAUCCAAUUCCACGUCCCUUCUUAAUCAUACCAGUUCCCCACGUCCUCUCUUCUAUCUAACAUUCGCAUUCUCUCCAUCAACCGAUUCGCCACGUCCUCUCUCCUAUCCUAACCCCAUUCGCCACGUCCUCUCUCCUAUCCUAACCCCAUUCGCCACGUCCUCUCUCCUAUCCUAACCCCAUUCCCCACGUCCUCUCUCCUAUCCUAACCCCAUUCCCCACGUCCUCUCUCCUAUCCUAACCCCAUUCCCCACGUCCUCUCUCCUAUCCUAACCCCAUUCCACGUCCUCUCUCUUCUAACCCAUUCGCAGUCCUCUUCCUAUCUACCCAUUCCCAGUCUCUCCUACUACCUUCGCCAUCCUUCCUCCAACCCAUUCGCCACGUCUCUCUCCAUUACCACACUCUACUUCCACGUCCUUUUCCUAUCCAACUCCAUUACCACGUCUCUUCCUAUCAUAACCCUUUUUAGCACGAUCCUCUCUACCUAAACCACUUCCAGUCUCGUCUUUCCACCAUCCAGUCCUCCACCGUACCUCGUCUCAUCCUAACCCAUUCGCCACGUCCUUUCUCCUAUCAACCAUGUCGCACGUCUCAUCUUCUCUAUCCUACCCCUUCCCACGUCGUUCCUUCCUAACCCAUUCCCACUCCUCUCUCCUUCCUACCACAUUCGCCACGUUCUUCUCUUCUACCGCACACCAAAUCACCUAAGUCCCGUCAUGCCCUAUCCUAAUCCCCAUCGCCACGUGUCCUUCUCUAUCUAACCCCAUUCCACGUUCUCUCUUCGCAUCACUUAACCAUGUCGCCAGUCCUGUUCCUAUCCUAACCCCAAUUCUGCAGUCCUUCUCCUAUCCUAUCCCCAUUUCCAUCUAUCUUCUAUCCUAACCCCAUUCGCCACGUCUCUCUCUAUCCUACCCAUGUCCAGUCCCUCUACCUUGCUAACCCCAUUCGCCAACGUCCUUCCUAUCUAACCCAUCCCAUCUCUCUCUAUCUGAACCAUGCGUACUCUGUCUAUCUAACCCUUCCACUCUUCUCCUAUCCUAACCCAUUCGCCACGUCAUCAGUCUUAUCCUAACCCAUCGCCAGUCUUCUCCUAUCCUAACCCUUCGCCAGUUCCUUCUCUAUCCUAACCAUUCCCCACUCCUCGUCCCUUCCUGACCCAUCCACGCCUUCCCGACUACCAUUCCAGUCUUUCCUAUCCUAACCCCAUUCCCAGCCCUCUAUCCUAACCCCAUUACCCGUCUCCUACUAACCCUCCCGUCUCUCCUAUCUACAUCCACGUCCUCUCCUAUCCUAAGCCCUCACCAAGUCGUCCAUCCUACCCCUUUCCCGCUAGCCUAGUCUAAUCGCCAUUCGCCAACGUCUGUUCCUUCCUACCAUGCCACGUCCUUCUAUCCUAUACCAUUCCAGUCUCGCUCUAUACUAACCCCAUUCCCACGUCCCUCAUCCAGUCAAUCCAUUCCCUCAACGCCUCGACUCACUAUCUAACCAUUCACCCAUCCUUACUACUAUCCUCCACACCCAUUUCGCCACGUCCUCUCUCCUAUCCUAGAUCCAUUCCAGUCCUCUGCUCCUAUCCUAACCCCCACGUCCUUCUCCUAUCCAACCGAUUGCCCGUUCCUGAUUCUAUCCUAAUCCAUUCCCCAUCCUUCAUCCUAUCUAACCCAUUCCCAGUUCCUCUCCUAUCCUAACCCCAUUCCCCACGUCCUCUCUCCUAUCCUAACCCCAUUCCCCACGUCCUCUCUCCUAUCCUAACCCCAUUCCCACGUCCUCUCUCCUAUCCUAACCCCAUUCGCCACGUCCUCUCUCCUAUCCUAACCCCAUCCCACGUCCUCUCUCCUAUCCUACCCCAUCCCCACGUCCUCUCUCCUAUCCUAACCCCAUUCCCACGUCCUCUCUCCUAUCCUAACCCCAUUCGCCACUCCUCUCCUUCCUACCGCCACGUCCUCUACGAUCCUAACCCACGUCCUCUCUCCUAUCCAGUGUAUAGUGAUCUGCUGUCCCUGCACUGUCUAUAGCCACCAUUGUUAAUAAAGGUAGACUCAGCGACGUGAAGUUGCCACAAGCAGCAUCGCAGAUAUUGCGAUGAGUGAGAUGCAAAACUUCACUCUGUCACACACGGUAUCUGCGGAUGAACAUGGGUUUGCUUCACGUUAUGUGGCAGCUCCGGGACCCAAACAGUGGAAGUUUAGCCUCGUGCUUCAAUGCACAUAGUAGUUGCGGAUAUUGACCAACUAUGCUGUUUGCUUUGUGCAUCUACAUCCAUAUUGCUGAAUCUACCUUUUAACUGCUCUCAUAUAGUUACAGUACCUAACUCUAUUCUCCCCCUGUAGGCUCCUCGUCCCUCCACUGGUCCCCACAAGCUGAGGGAGUGCCUGCCCCUCAUCAUCUUCCUCAGGAAUCGUCUGAAGUACGCUUUGACCGGGGACGAGGUCAAGAAGAUCUGCAUGCAAAGGUUCAUCAAGAUCGACGGCAAGGUCCGCACCGAUAUCACCUACCCAACUGGCUUCAUGGGUGAGUCUGGCUGGGGGGGGCGGGGGUUGAGGAAGGGAAGGAGUGACAAUGUUUUGGGUGAAGAAGGGAAAGGAGUGACAAUGUUUUGGGUGAAGAAGGGAAAGGAGUGACAAUGUUUUGGGUGAAGAAGGGAAAGGAGUGACAAUGUUUUGAGUGUCACCUACUUUACUGGUUUUAUGGGUGAGUCUGGCUGGGGAAGUGGGAUUGGAUUAGGAAGAGAGCCAAAGGGACAGCAAUGGGAGGAGCCAAGGAUUACAUAAGGGUGGGUAAAUGUUUGGCUUACUCCUUUCAGGGCUAGGCGACGUGAACGUCUGUGCCUCUCAUAAUAAGAGACCUUCGCUUGAAAAAUGAGAAUGCGGCAAUGUUAGUUUAUGCCUUUUUGAGACACCAUAGCAACAACAGGCAGUAUACACUUUCACAAAAUAGUCAGAAUUAAUUUAAGAUGAAAUCAAGAAAUAUGUAAAUUGACAUUUUUGCAGAGGUCGUAGUUGCGCGAUUUUUAGAUCAGAUGUUUGGUGCUGCAUUUUUUAAGUGGGGGGGCUCCAUGAAAACUGGUAUUUCAUUGAAGAAUCACGUCCAUAGUUCCCAUUCCUGCUAGGAGUAGUACUGUUGACCAAUCACUGACGAAGAGGCGUAGCCUUCUGCUAUGUAACUUCGACUUAACUCAAGAAAAUGUGUGUUUGAACAGCUGGGGGAGAUAACAAAACCGAUGCAUGUGCAUGGGGGAAAACGGACGGGAUUUGCUUAGACUGUUGAUAACAUGUAAACUAUAUUUAGUCUCGCUGUUUAUUGAAACCCCAUACAUUUUGCGCAAUGAGCACUUGUCUUUCAAAUGCAUCAUUGCAGUUGUUGGUUAGCUAGCACAUUUUUUUUUGUCAUAUUAGCAUUGACAAGAGAUCAGUCAAAAUGCCUCAAGACAUGGCAUCAAUAAGAUACGAGGCACUUAUGAGUCCCACAUGGCAGCCUGUCAUUAUUGCUAUCGGGAGUGUUCAGAAUCAUAACGCACGCCUUCCCGGUGUCAUUUUCGCUAAGUUGUCAGCCAACCCACCUGUGUGUGCAAACUGUUUAGACUGCGAAGCAUGCGACAGACUUACGCGUGGAGAUGGAAGGAGCGACGCUAGCAGUCUUGCAUGCGUCCUCUGCUUGACGUAAUCACCUCAUUUUUAGGUCAUCGAGAUGGCGAAAGUAAAGCUAGAAGCAUCUGUUUUUCACCUAGCCAGUGAUGAAAGUAGAGGGCAAUGAAGACACUCUUUGGUUUUGAUCAACGAGCUGAAAUAAAUCUCACCAAUACCUCUAAGAAGUUCUGAGCUCUAAUCAAUAGGAUGUUUUUUUUUUUUUUUAAGUAUUCAAACGGGGCCAUAUCUCAUUGAUUCGUCUCUACAGGGAUUGUCUAGUUGAACUCGAUGGGCUGUAAGGCACUAAAGGUAAUGGCUGGCUUGCUCUGGGCUUUCAGGACAGAGCCCUGCGGCAAAUGAAUUUUCGCUUGCUUUUUGAUAUAGUGGUGCUGCUUGGUGUUACUGGUUAGCUGUAGAAACACCAGAUGGAGACUGAUCUCUGGUCACUUCAAGGGAUUAAAUCAUUUCUUGCUCUGGGGCUCACAUACUAUAUAUACAGUGGGGAGAACAACUAUUUGAUACACUGCAGAUUUUGCAGGUUUUCCUACUUACAAAGCAUGUAGAGGUCUGUACUUUUUAUAUCAUAGGUACACUUCAACUGUGAGACGGAAUCUAAAACAAAAAUCCAGAAAAUCACAUUGUAUGAUUUUUAAGUAAUUAAUUUGCAUUUUAUUGCAUGACAUAAGUAUUUGACACAUCAGAAAAGCAGAACUUAAUAUUUGGUACAGAAACCUUUGUUUGCAAUUACAGAGAUCAUGUUUCCUGUAGGUCUUGACCAGGUUUGCACACACUGCAGCAGGGAUUUUGUCCCACUCCAUACAGAUCUUCUCCAGAUCCUUCAGGUUUCGCGGCUGUCGCUGGGCAAUAAGGACUUUCAGCUCCCUCCAAAGAUUUUCUAUUGGGUUCAGGUCUGGAGACUGGCUAGGCCACUCCAGGACCUUAAGAUGCUCCUUACGGAGCCACUCCUUAGUUGCCCUGGCUGUGUGUUUCGGGUCGUUGUCAUGCUGGAAGACCCAUCCACGACCCAUCUUCAAUGCUCUUACUGAGGGAAGGAGGUUGUUGGCCAAGAUCUCGCGAUACAUGGCCCCAUCCAUCCUCCCCUUAAUACGGUGCAGUCGUCCUGUCCCCUUUGCAGAAAAGCAUCCCCAGAGAAUGUUUCCACCUCCAUGCUUCACGGUUGGGAUGGUGUUCUUGGGGUUGUACUCAUCCUUCUUCCUCCAAACGCGGCGAGUGGAUUUUAGACCAAAAAGCUCUAUUUUUGUCUCAUCCGACCACAUGACCUUCUCCCAUUCCUCCUCUGGAUCAUCCAGAUGGUCAUUGGCAAACUUCAGACGGGCCUGGACAUGCACUGGCUUGAGCAGGGGGACCUUGCGUGCGCUGCAGGAUUUUAAUCCAUGACGGCGUAGUGUGUUACUAAUGAUUUUCUUUGAGACUGUGGUCCCAGCUCUCUUCAGGUCAUUGACCAGGUCCUGCCGUGUAGUUUCUGGGCUGAUCCCUCACGUUCCUCAUGAUCAUUGAUGCCCCACGAGGUGAGAUCUUGCAUGGAGCCCCAGACCGAGGGUGAUUGACCGUCAUCUUGAACUUCUUCCAUUUUCUAAUAAUUGCGCCAACAGUUGUUGCCUUCUCACCAAGCUGCUUGCCUAUUGUCCUGUAGCCCAUCCCAGCCUUGUGCAGGUCUACAAUUUCAUCCCUGAUGUCCUUACACAGCUUUCUGGUCUUGGCCAUUGUGGAGAGGUUGGAGUCUGUUUGAUUGAGUGUGUGGACAGGUGUCUUUUAUACAGGUAACGAGUUCAAACAGGUGCAGUUAAUACAGGUAAUGAGUGGAGAACAGGAGGGCUUCUUAAAGAAAAACUAACAGGUCUGUGAAAGCCGGAAUUCUUACUGGUUGGUAGGUGAUCAAAUACUUAUGUCAUGCAAUAAAAUGCAAAUUAAUUACUUAAAAUCAUACAAACCAAUAGACAUUCGCCAUCUUAUAUUCAUGUUUUUCUCGGGUGCGCACAUUCCCACACGCACAGUAUUUCUUAGCUCCUUUAUCCCUGCCAAGAGUGAUGACGACGGUGUUGUUGAUUAAUUUCCCAGACCAGGUGAAGCCUGUGAAUCUGCCCACCAUGUCACACCUCUCCUUCACUGGACCAUAUCACACUGGUAGAAUCUCUAUUCCAGUUCCUUGUUUCGCACGUCCUCUCGUCCCCUCUGACCUUCUCAUCCAUUGGGUUUUGAGGAGAGGGUCUGAUAUGUAGUCUAGCUUGCCACAUACAAUGGUAUGGGUUUUAUUUGGUGCUUUUCGCAAGUAUAUGAAAGGACUAAAUAUUGUUGACUUACAUUCCGUUGGUUCAACGGUCAUUGACUAUCUGAAGUGUUUAGAACUGAUGAGAAUGUGAUGGUGACUGAAACUGACAAAUCUUUCGUAUUGGAUUUGUUCUGACGCAAAAGCUGUAUUUUGUUCUAGCUCCGCCUUGACAGACUGAAUGUUGACGUGGUGUUUGUCUAUGUUCUGGAUGUGAUCAUUGACUAAUGCAUGUUAUGUCUGUCUGUAGAUGUGAUCAGUAUUGAGAAGACUGGAGAGCACUUCCGUCUGAUCUACGAUGUGAAGGGACGUUUCACUGUUCACCGCAUCACGGCUGAGGAGGCCCAGGUAUGACGUGUCACACAAAUGCUCUGGAGUCCAGUUAUUCGCAGCUCAAUCCUACCUUUUUUCAAACCGAGCAGUACCCUAUAAUUGGCUGAAUCUUCUGUAUGGAGGGCUGACGGAGCAAUGAAGAUAAUCUUUGGUUUUGAUCAACGAGCUGAAAAAACCCUCACCAAUACCUCUAAGAAGUUCUGAGCUCCAACCAAAAUAAUUAGCUGAAUCCUAAUGUGAAAUGGUUAUAUAUUCUACCUUUUGUGUAAAUAAAAGCCUUGUGUGAUUUGUCGGAUUACUUGUGCUUGUGGAGCUACACUAUAUACACUACCGUUCAAAAGUUUGGGGUCACUUAAACAUUUCCCUGUUUUUGAAAGAAAAGCAAUUUUUUUGGUCCAUUUAAAAUAACAUCAAAUUGAUCAGAAAUACAGUGUAGACAUUGAUUUUUUAUGGAAUAUCUACAUAGGUGUACAGAGGCCCAUUAUCAGCAACCAUCUGUCCUGUGUUCCAAUGGCACGUUGUUUGCUAAUCCAAGUUUAUCAUUUUAAAAGGCUAAUUGAUCAUUAGAAAACCCUUUUGCAAUUAUGUUAGCACAGCUGAAAACUGUGCUGAUUUUAAAGAAGCAAUAAAACUGGCCUUCUUGAGACUACUUAAGUAUCUGGAGCAUCAGCAAUUGUGGGUUCGAUUACAGGCUCAAAAUGGCCAGAAAAAAAGAACUUUCUUCUGAAACUCGUCCGUCUAUUCCUGUUCUGAGAAAUGAGGGCUAUUCCAUGUGAGAAAUUGGCAAGAAACUGAAGAUCUCGUACAACGCUGUGUACUACUCCCUUCACAGAACAGCGCAAACUGGCUCUAACCAGAAUAGAAAGAGGAGUGGGAGGCCCCGGUGCACAACUGAGCAAGAGGACAAAUACAUUCGUGUCUAGUUUGAGAAACGAGACGCCUCACAGGUCCUCAACUGGCAGCUUCAUUAAAUAGUACCCGCAAAACACCAGUCUCAACGUCAACAGUGAAGAGGCGACUCCGGGAUGCUGACCUAGGCAGAGUUGCAAAGAAAAAGCCAUAUCAGACUGGCCAAUAAAAAGAGAAGAUUAAGAAGAACACAGACACUGGACAGAGGAAGAUUGGAAAAAAGUUAUGGACAGACUAAAUGUAAAGAUGCUGGAGGAAUGCUUGAUGCCAUCUGUCAAGCAUGGUGGAGGCAGUGUGAUGGUCUGGGGGUGUUUUGGUGGUGGUGAAGUGGGAGAUUUGUACAGGGUAAAAGGGAUCUUGAAGAAGGAAGGCUCACUCCAUUUUGCAACGCCAUGCCAUACCCUGUGGACGGCGCUUGAUUGGAGCCAAUUUCCUCCUGCAACAGGACAAUGACCCAAAGCACAGCUCCAAACUAUGCAAUAACUAUUUAGGGAAGAGGCAGUCAGCUGGUAUUCUGUCUAUAAUGGAGUGGCCAGCACAGUCACCGGAUCUCAACCCUAUUGAGCUGUUGUGGGAGCAGCUUGACCGUAUGGUACGUAAGAAGUAAGCCAAUCCAACUUGUGGGAGGUGCUUCAGGAAGCAUCAGGUGAAAUCUCUUCAGAUUACCUGAACAAAUUGACAACUAGAAUGCCAAAGGUCUGCAGGACUGUAAUUGCUGCAAAUGGAGGAUUAUUUGACGAAAGCAAAGUUUGAAGGACACAAUUAUUAUUUAAAUAAAAAAUCAGUUUCCUAUUAAUUUUGCUAUAUUUCCUAUUCAAACUCAUUUCCUGUAUGUUUUCAUGGAAAACAAGGAAAUUCCAAACCCAAACUUUUGAACGGUAGUGUAUGUGUGUGUGGACACUUCGAAUUAGUGGAUUCGGCUAUUUCAGCAACACCCGUUGCUGACAGGUGUAUAGAAUUGAGCACACAGCCAUGCCAUCUCCAUAUUCAACAUUGGCAGUAGAAUGGCCUUACUGAAGAGCUCAGUGACUUUCAACGUGGCACCGUCAUAGGAUGCCACCUUUCCAACAAGUCAGUCAAAUGUCUGCCCUGCUAGAGCUGCCCGGGUCAACUAAGUGCUGUUAUUGUGAAGUGGAAAUGUCUAGGAGCAACAACGGCUCAGCCGCGAAGUGGUAGGCCACACAAGCUCACAGAACGGGACUGCCGUGUACUAAAGUGCGUAAUGCGUCAAAAUCGCCUGUCCUCGGUUGCAACACUCACUACAGAGUUCCAGACUGCCUCUGGAAGCAACGUCAGCACAAGAACUGUUCGUCGGGAACUUCAUGAAAUGGGUUUCAAUGGCCGAGCAGCCACACACAAGCCUAAGAUCACCAUGUGCAAUGCCAAGCGUCGGCUGGAGUGGCGUAAAGCCCGCCGCCAUUGGACUCUGGUACGGUGGAAACGCGUUCUUUUGGAGUGAUGAAUCACGCUUCACCAUCUGGCAGUCAAAAAAAUGUAUGCAUUGUUGGUUAAGGGCUGUAAGUAAGCAUUUCACGGUAAUGUCUACACCUGUUGUAUUUGGCGCAGGUGGCAAAUAAAAUUUGAUUUGAUUUAAAGGACACAUCUGGAUUUGGCGGAUGCCAGGAGAACGCUACCUGCCCCAAUGUGUAGUGCCAACUGUGAAGUUUGGAGGAAUAAUGGUCUGGGGCUGUUUUUCAUGGGCCGGGCCCCUUAGUUCCAGUGAAGGGAAAUCUUAACGCUACAGCAUUCGAUGACAUUCUAGAUGAUUCUGUGCUUCCAAUUUUUAGCAACAGUUUGGGGAAGGCCCUUUCCUGUUUUAAGCAUGCCCCUGUGCACAAAGCAAGGUCCAUACAGAAAUGGUUUGUUGAGAUCGGUGUGGAAGAAUUUGACUGGCCUGCACAGAGCCCUGACCUCAACCCCAUCGAACACCUUUGGGAUGAAUUGGAACGCCGACUGCGAGCCAGGCCUAAUCACCCAACAUCAGUGCCCAACCUCACUAACGCUCUUGUGGCUGAAUGGAAGCAAGUCUACACAGCAAUAUUCCAACAUCUAGUGGAAAGCCUUCCCAGAAGAGUGGAGGCUGUUUUAUAGCAGCGAAGGGAGGGACCAACUCCAUAUUAAUGGUCAUGAUUUUGGCAUGAGAUGUUGGACGAGCAGGUGUCUGCAUACAUUUGGUCAGGUAGUGUAGUUGGGGUUCAGACCCCAAAACCUAGCAGUUGUCAAUCAACUUUUUGAGACAUUUUUACAUCAAGUUGUAUCUAAGUGCUUAAGUUACCCGGCCUAGACUCUAGAAACUAGGUUUGGCCAUAACAAUCGCUCACUUUCUCCUCUUUCCCCCUCUCCAGUACAAGCUGUGUAAGGUGAAGAAGAACCUGAUGGGCACCAAGGGAGUCCCCGCUCUGGUGACCCAUGACGCCCGUACCAUCCGCUACCCAGACCCCCUCAUCAAGGUCAACGACACAGUCCGCAUCGACCUCGCCACCGGCAAGAUCACAGAACACAUCAAGUUCGACACAGGUAACAUGAUUUUAUGGAACUUAAAAGAAAAACUUCUAGUGACAUUGUUUGAUACCAGUGAGGAAAUGGGUCUAGAGAUUGGGGGAAUGAGUUGUCUUGCAUUUCAUAUUUGAAUAGAUUUGAUAUCUUACCCACCUAUAUAAGCACUUAACGUAGUAAGGAGUGAAACUCCUCAUCCACCACCAAUGUGGGGCAACCAGUUGGGGGAUGCACAGCAACCAUUUUGUGAAAUUGAAGGAAAAUAUUAAGCAGGAUUAGUUAGUGCAGCUUGUUCUGUCGGUCCUACUAUCCCUGUCUGACGGACGCUUGGUCUCGUACAACGUCUGCACAGGCAUGGUACUGAAUAAGGAAUUUACAACUGGUUGUUUUUUUUCUUUGCAGAAACCAAAAAUACAUUACGGAAAAGUACGUCUGUUCAUUCAGACCCUUGGAUCCAUAAGCACUGUCUUUUGAAACUUUUUUGCGGCUAAGCAAAGCAACAAUUUUUUGCGGCUAAGCAAAGCAACAAUACUAACCAAUCAAACGUGGCAUUCUUCUGAAGCAAUCCUCUCUUCCCUUUUCUCUCCACCCCCCCCCCCUCCCUCGCUCUACUCCUCGUAGGUAACCUGUGCAUGGUGACUGGCGGUGCCAAUUUGGGGCGGAUCGGUAUCAUCACCAACCGGGAGAGGCACCCUGGCUCGUUUGACGUUGUUCACGUCAAAGACAGCGCUGGAAACAUCUUUGCCACCAGGCUGGGGAACAUCUUCAUCAUUGGCAAGGUGAGCACAAGAGCAGGGAAGUAGACGACCACACACACCGAGGGAGCAUUAACAUGCAAAUACACCUUGAAGACAACUCAACCCCUCCAUUUCUUGACACGCAUGUAGUUGUUCUGUACUCGUGUGUGAUUGUACGGAGGUAGAACAAAGCCAAUGCUAUGUCUUCGGUACCAGUGUGAUAUCGUCUGCUGGUUCUAUCCUCAAUCGCUGGCACACUUCACGCUGUUGAAGAGCAGGUUUAAAUCUAUCCUAAACCAACUAGACUGCAAACCAUGUUUAGUGUCUGCUGGGGUGGGGGUAUCCGGAUCAUUUCUCAUUCUGGCCUUUUUACAGACCAGUAUUAUCACUUCCUAAAAGCAUAAUUUCACUCUUCAUAGCCAUUUAUUUUGUCCUCUUCCUGUCCCGUCUGAUGAUUGAUGGCUAAAACUUGAUGUGUUUUUAACUUUAAAUAGUUGAAUGUGAGUUGCAGCUAUUCCCUUCCAAUGACCUGGUCUUUUCUCCUUCUCUCCAGGGCAACAAGCCGUGGGUGUCCCUGCCCCGUGGAAAGGGUAUCCGCCUCACCAUCGCUGAGGAGAGGGACAAGAGAAUCGCUGCCAAGGCCGGCAGCAGCUAAGUCCUAUAUGUAGGUCUAGGCGUCCUGACUUCGAAAUAAAAACAAUGUUAUUUACAACCAAAAAACCAA